CAGCCACUCCUUUCACAUCUUAUAAUCUUAUUAUAUGCCUCUGUUUUUCGUAAAAUUAACUCGGUGGAAGAUUUUUAAGCACCAUCAUGUUAGCCUUCAAGAUUUCUGGCUAUCUUUACUUGGUUUGCCUGCUCUUUCUCUUUAGGUUCAGUAGCUCCGUGAAUUAUCUUUACCGUAUCUGCCCAAAUACAACUACAUACAGUCCUAAUAGCACCUAUAGAUCCAACUUGAAUCAGCUUUUCCUUGCUCUAUCCUCAAAUGCUACCCGGGACAAUGGAUUUUACAGCUACACGGUGGGUCGUGGCCCUCCUGACAGAAUCGAGGGCCUUUUCCUUUGUAGGGGUGAUGUUACUUCUGACGUUUGUGAAGAGUGUGUAAGAAACGCAACUACGGAUAUCUUACAACGUUGUCCCAACGAAAAAGAAGCAGUUAUCUGGUACGAUGAGUGCAUGUUACGUUACUCAAAUAUAUCCAUAUUCUCCAGGUCUGAACAAAAUAUAAGACUCAUCAUGAGGAACACCCAGAAUAUCACUGGUCAACCUGAUAGAUUCAGAACUGUGUUGGCGGCUACCUUGAAUGAAUUAGCAACAGAAGCAGCAAAUGAUCUCCCUGGUAAAAAAUUUGCUACCAGACAAGCUAAUUUCACAGCAUUUCAGACAUUGUACACUCUGGCGCAGUGCACCCCUGAUCUUUCGAGCGGUCAAUGCAAUACCUGCCUUCAAGACUGUAUCUCGAAUUUCCCGGCAUGUUGUGAUCUUAAUCUAGGAGCAAGAGUAAAUUUCGCCAGCUGUAAUAUGAGGUAUGAGAUGUACCACUUUUAUAAUUCUACUUUGGCCCCUGCACCAGCACCAACACCGCCUAAUCGACCCCCGCCUACAACCAGUGAAGGAAAUGGGGGAAUGUCAAGACAAGUUAUUAUUGCGAUAGUUGUUCCAAUUGUUGUUUCCUUAGUGAUUUUCUUCAUAGGCUGCUUCCUUUUGACAAGGAGAGCAAAGCGGAAACGUUACGAUGCUGUCAACGAGGAAAAUGACGAAGGAAAUGAUAUUUCGACAAUUGAAUCCUUGCAAUAUGAUUUGAACACUGUUGAGCUUGCAACCAACAACUUUUCUCCUGAUAACAAGAUUGGUGAAGGUGGAUUUGGAAGUGUUUACAAGGGUACUUUUUUGAAUGGACAAGAAAUAGCUGUAAAGAGACUUUCUAAAAAUUCAGGGCAAGGUGCUAAGGAAUUUAAGAACGAAGUUGUUCUUGUGGCCAAGCUUCAACACAGAAAUCUAGUAAGACUACUUGGGUUUUGCUUAGAAGGAGAAGAAAAGAUACUCAUCUACGAAUUCGUGCCCAAUAAAAGCCUCGAUUACUUUCUAUUUGAUCCAGAGAAACGGGAAUUGUUGGAUUGGUCAAAACGUUACAAGAUCAUAGGAGGAAUAGCACGUGGAUUGGUUUACCUUCAUGAAGAUUCUCGUCUACGAAUUAUACAUCGCGAUCUCAAAACUAGCAAUAUAUUAUUAGAUGAAGACAUGAACCCAAAAAUAUCGGAUUUUGGCAUGGCGAGAAUUUUUGGCGUUGAUCAAUCUCAAGGAAAUACAAGUAGGAUUGUUGGGACAUAUGGUUACAUGUCUCCGGAGUAUGCAAUGCAUGGCCACUUUUCCGUGAAGUCAGAUGUUUUUAGUUUUGGCGUCUUGGUUUUGGAAAUCAUAAGUGGCAAAAAGAAUAGUAGCUUCUACGAAUCAGAUGGUGCCGAGGAUCUCAUAAGCUAUGCUUGGAAGCUUUGGAGAGACAACAAACCCCUGGAAUUGAUAGAUUCGACGCUGCAAAACUCAUAUGCUAGGAAUGAAGUAAUUCGAUGCAUCCAAAUUGGCUUAUUGUGUGUUCAAGAAGAUGUUGAUGAACGACCAAACAUGGCUUCUAUACUUUUGACGCUCAAUAGUUAUUCAGCCACUCUUGCUGUUCCCAGCAAACCUGCAUUUUUUAUCCAUAGUAGAACACAUAACAUGCCCAAAGUGCAAGAUUCAGACAAAUCCACGUCAACCUCAACAGCCUUCUCUAUAAAUGAAGCAUCAAUUACUGAUUUAUAUCCGAGAUAGAAUAUUGUCAUCAAAAGCACAAGAAAUAAAUAAGACUUUGUGUUGUAAAAAUUUUGUUAGUGGACUAGUUAAUUAUGAUUUUUCUACUCUGUUUAUCCUUUUAGGAUUACCUUUGCUCCCAUGGAUCAGAAAAUCCCCUCCAUAUCGUUGAAGUCGUGUUUGUUAUAUAAUAUUGAAUAGAGUGAUAAACUAAAUUUUAAUUCA